CAAGGCACGCGCAAUUUUUUUUAAAAAGCGCGCGCUUUUCAAUUCUGUACAGCGGUUUCUCACCUCAAUCUCCCAUCAACCUUUGCAGUCGUUCGUCUCUUUGACUUCGUUUACUUUUGAUGGCUGACUCCGACAAUGAGCAAAAUAAGUCAAAUCUCGUAGUCAACCAACACUAUGAUGAAACUGUUGAGGUAAACGACGACGAGGAAGUAGCAAGCACUUUUACACCAAGCCCAAGGCCAGGAGGGAGCCGGCCUAAUGCUCCUGGCAGGUUAUCAAUGUCCAUGACUGACCAAAGUGAUGAUGAAUUUGAGCAUGAUAGCUUAGCUGACAAAAAGGGACCAGUUGGCUAUGGUCAACCAGGAGGAGGGGUCGGAGCUGGUGGUGGUGGUAUUAGUGCCGAUCCAUCCCAGAUGAACCAAGAAAGGAUCAAACCUUUAUCAGAAGGAAUAGGCAAUGAUGAUGACGAUGAUGAUGAUGAAGGAGAUGAUCAGAGUGAUAGCUCAGAUGAUGAUGAUGAUGAUGAUGACAACCAUGGUCCUGCAGUUGAGGGUGCGUAUGAUCCAGCAGACUAUGAGCACCUUCCUGUAAGCCAAGAAAUCAAGGAACUCUUUCAGUAUAUCACUCGCUAUACACCCCAGACUAUUGACCUAGAGCAUAAAUUAAAGCCGUUCAUACCUGACUUCAUCCCUGCUGUUGGAGAUAUUGAUGCUUUCAUUAAGGUAACUCGUCCUGAUGGUAAACCAGAAACCCUUGGUCUUCUAGUGCUGGAUGAGCCCACUGCAAGACAGUCUGAUCCUACAGUUCUUGAUUUGCAAUUGAGGACAAUAUCAAAGCAAACCAAUCUCAAAGCUAUGACUGUGAGGAGUAUAGAUGACGUGGAGAAGAAUCCCAAAGCAAUUGAUACCUGGAUUGACAGCAUCAGGGAACUACAUCGACAAAAACCUGCUCCAACAGUUCAUUAUCAAAGAAAUAUGCCUGACAUUGAAGAUCUUAUGCAGGAAUGGCCAUCACAAUUUGAAGAUCUGUUAAACACAGUAGGACUUCCAUCUGCUGAGCUAGAUGUUGAUCUUGCUCAGUAUGUUGACCUCAUAUGUGGCAUCCUUGAUAUUCCAGUACACAAAAACAGAAUCCAUUCACUGCAUGUCCUCUUCACACUGUUUUCAGAGUUCAAGAAUUCUCAGCACUUCCAUCAACUUGCUAAGGACAACCAGUUAUCAAAUGAGCUAAAGAAGCCAUCAGACAUAAAUGAGAUGACAGGAGCUACAGAACAACUCACCUUGAAUGAUUCUCAGGCUCUCACAUUUGAAUAAGAAUAUGUUUAUCCAAGAAAAACAUGUUAAAGUAUCAGACACAACAUGCUUGUAGUAAUCUCAUGGUUCUAUAGAUCAAAAGCUAGUAAUUGAACUGCAUUAUACACAUAAGGAUUCUAGACCUCUUAAAAUCUGAGAUUGUACAUGAUAGACUAGCACAUGAUAGCAAAUUCUAUUGUAAACUUAGGAGCCCUUGUAAAUCUGAUGUAAAGCCAGUGUACAUAUUUUUUGACAUAAUAACUUAGAAUGGCUUAUUUUGCAUGGUGUAGAGGAUUUUAAGAGAUGACAAGCUUUGCAGGAUUCAUUUUUAAUUCAGUUAUAAUAGGUAACACUUUGUUUAAAAUUGUGCAACAUUUUAGCAUUCAAAGGUCAAUGCCAUACUGUAUUUAUAUACACCAAUUGAGAUUAAAAUUAAUAGUUACCACAAUA